CGCGCUCCCUCCCUAAGCAACCACCGCCUGCCCCUUGUUUACGGCCGCCGCAAAAGCGACGUAAAAGCGCCGCCUGGGCGAGGAGGCUGGUUGAGGUAGACCAGGAUCUUACAAGACUUGACAGCAAUUGAAAUCUGUCAGAUAUAAACUUCAAAGCUAACAAAUCCAUGAGUGGGAAUCGAUCCCUGAAGAAACGAUGUGGGGAAUUGCAUUCGGAAUCCCCUGUGCGUUAUGGUCAUGUUCCUUCUGCAGGAUGUGCAUUAAGCAAAUUGAUUCAGUUGCCUACACCACCUUUGUCAAAGCACCAGUUAAAACGGUUAGAAGAACACAAGUAUCAAAGUGCUGGACGGUCUCUGCUUGAACCAUUAAUGCAAGGUUAUUGGGAAUGGUUAGUCAGAAGAGUACCAGCUUGGAUUGCUCCUAAUCUAAUUACAAUAGUUGGACUGAUCAUAAACAUCUGUACAACCAUAAUAUUAGUGUGUUAUUGUCCAACAGCUACAGAGCAGGCACCUGCUUGGGCAUAUAUUGCAUGUGCUUGUGGUCUUUUCAUAUACCAGUCUUUGGAUGCCAUAGAUGGAAAGCAAGCAAGAAGAACAAAUACUAGUAGUCCUUUGGGAGAACUUUUUGACCAUGGCUGUGACUCACUGUCCACAGUUUUUGUGGUCUUGGGAACGUGUAUUGCUGUGCAGCUGGGGACAAAUCCUGACUGGAUGUUCUUUUGCUGUUUUGCUGGGACGUUUAUGUUUUACUGUGCACAUUGGCAGACAUAUGUCUCUGGAACACUGCGCUUUGGAAUAUUUGAUGUUACAGAGUCUGAGCUCUGUAUUGUAAUAAUGCACCUUCUCACAGGAAUUCUGGGACCUGAGUUCUGGAAUGACACGAUUCCAGUGCUGGACAUCCCAGUGAAAAUACUUCCAGCUCUUUGUACAGUAGCAGGAACUAUAUUCUCAUGUACAAACUACUUUGGUGUGAUAUUCACAGGUGGUGUUGGCAAAAAUGGAUCAACGAUAGCAGGAACAAGUGUCCUUUCACCAUUUCUUCACAUUGGAUCAGUCAUUGCGUUAGCUGCCAUGAUCUACAAGAAAUCUGCUGUGGAGCUCUUUGAAAAACACCCUUGUCUCUACAUACUAACUUUUGGUUUUGUAUCUGCUAAGAUAACUAACAAACUAGUGGUUGCACAUAUGACCAAAAGUGAAAUGCAUCUGCAUGAUACAGCAUUCAUUGGCCCAGCACUCUUGUUUCUGGACCAAUAUUUUAACAGCUUUAUUGAUGAGUAUAUUGUACUCUGGAUUGCUCUGAUCUUCUCUCUUUUUGAUUUGCUCCGGUACUGUGUCAGUGUGUGCAAUCAGAUCGCUUCCCACCUUCACAUCCAUGUCUUCAGGAUCAAGACCCCUUCUACAUAUUCUAAUCAUCACUAGUUACUUGGUCAUCACCACAAACAAGAAAUAACUGACAGCUAUUUUCUACUGGAGAGGAUUCAAGUGUACUGAGGAGACUAUGAAAACGGGAGCAGAUAGGAACAAGUCUAAUUUAUAAUAAUGUUGUAUAACUUCUACUCUUGGUUACUGACAACACUCCUUAGCUAGCCUCCUCCAAUGAAAGGGGAAUCCCAAGCACUCUCCAAUCAAAAACGCACAUUUUCCACUCUGCUGGUUGUGUGCCCUGGAAAGCAUGCAGAGAGUGAAGCUUUGUCUUUGUAAUUACGACAACUACAGAAUGAAGUCUUGAGGCAAAUGGAUUCCCAACA